AUGCCGCUGCUCUUGAGACGGGUCACGUCGAGGGCGCUACGGCCGAGCCAACCCCCCAACGCUCACUUUUCAGUUUCAACAUGUCAGUGUGCAAGGCAGCGCCUGAGUCGGCGGUCCUCGUCGCGGCCAGUCCAGACGUCUCCAGAGAAUGACUCGAGCUUGAACCGAGACGGGAACACGCUCCUCACCCAUGAUCGUCCUGCCGUCCCGUCACAACCGCCAAGACCGGCCAGCUCACACCAGGCAAUCUCACCAGGCGGAGCGUCCCUAAUACAACCCCAGGACUCCGCAACUCAGGAUACCAGCACGUCCGGCCCGUACAAACACGUCCUCCUCGCAUCAAAGUCAAUCCGCUACAACCCAGCCGCCGCCGCCUCCUCCUCCUCCUCCUCCAACAUAACGACCCGCACAAGCAAACCUUACACCCAACAGCUCUCGGCCGCCGAGAAGUUCUUCUCUUGCCCGUGCAAAUUCCUCUACUCUGCCGAAGCCCUCCGCCACCACCCCAUGAACAGUGUCACCCCUGAAAUUGCCGUCCUGGGGUCAUCCAAUGUCGGAAAAUCAACUCUUCUCAACGCCCUUGUCGGCCAGCCCCGAGCUGCGCGAGUCAGCCAAAAACCAGGCAGAACGACAUUAAUGAACGCCUACGGUGUGGGACCGCCACCCAAAACCCCAAAGGUCCUGGUUCCAAAGGGCAUGCCCCCGCCCAGACAUAGUCUGGUCGUGGUUGAUACCCCCGGGUACGGCUUCAAUAGCCAGGCUAGCUGGGGACAUGCCGUCAUGAACUAUCUCCAAGCGAGAAGGAUGUUACGCGGGGCCGUGGUCUUGUUGUCCUCUGAGAAGAAGUUGCUACCCGAGGACAAGUGGAUAUUGAGGACCUUGGCGGAAGCCAACACGCCGACUGUUGUAGUGUUGACGAAAGCGGAUAAGGCGAAGAACGGCUGGGUCGAGCGAUGUUGCGUACUGGCGGAUGCGGUGCAGCAGGAGAUUGACGGACUGAAUCAAGAGUCUGGCGGGAAGUGGAAAAACGUAGAGGGCGCAGCGUCGCACAUAUAUAUUACUGCGACGGGAAUGGAAAGCCCUGGCAGAUUGAAGAAUGGGGGAGGACUCGGCGGUGUACGAAUAGCAAUUUUGGAACUGGCCGGCUUCACGUUGCAGGACACCGUGACAAAAAGGGCAGAUACGGCGAUGUAUACUGGCCCUGUUGUAUCAUUUGAUGACAUUCAGUGGAAGGCUUGA